AUGGAGAAAACUAAAUUCAAAGUAGAAUCCGGAAUUCAACUACUAACAAGAUUGUCCUCCAAGAAAACUACAGUCGACAAUUUCUACCCUAACUUAUUUCAAUCGGGUCCGAAAUCUGGAGAAGUGAUUGAAGUGUUUAGUAACAGAAGCUGUUCAUUUCUACUGAUUGAUAUGAUUAUCGAAGCUGUACUUCCUAUUAAAUUUGGUGGUGCCGAAAUAGGUGUUCUAAUCAUAAAUACAGAUGGUCACAUUAGCUUGCCAGCAUUAACUGCAGCAUUACAGAAUAAACUUCACACACAACAUCAUUUUGGCCUUCAUGAAGAUGACUGUGCAAAGGUGCUAAAUGAUAUGAUUGAUAAUAUUUUCAUAUUGGAUGUUUUUGAUGCCACUCAACUAUACACCACUUUUCAAAACCUAGAAAAUAUUUUAAUAAAACAUAAUAAUAUUUCACUGUGUGUGAUUGAUACACUGACAGCAUUCUACUGGUCAGAGCAGAGCUUUAAAAUUACCAAGAUGGAUAUUUAUUUGAGAAAUCUUCUUCGUAUCGUACAAAAAGCUGUGCAAGGCCAUGAAGUGACUAUAUUAUACACACGGCCAGAGUACUUUAACUCUAGUAGGGAUUUAAUUGAGAUCACUGAGGCUUGUGCUGAAGUCCCUACUGCUGAAAAAGUUAAUUGCAGGAUACAAGUGUUCCAAAAUGAAGAUGAAACCUUUACUGCUAAUGUUACAACAUCUAGUGAUGUUACCAGAAAGAACUUUAAAAUAGAAUUUAAUAAAAUAAGUUGGUUGUAAGAAAAAGUCUGAUAACAACUUCAGUUGUUUUUAUUGUGCUGCUAUAUUUUAUUAUCUAACAUUUUUUCAUUGAAGGAAAAAAUAUAGAAAUGUUUUGCUUCAGAGCUAAAAUAGUAGUCUUAAUACAUAGUAAAUAUAGUAAUUCUAAGAGAUCAAUCAUAUAAAAGUUAAGAAUAGGAUGAGAUUCGAAAGAUCUGAUAUUACAAUGAUAUAUGUGUUCCUUAGAAAUAAACU